UCCUAGCUUCGGAAAGCUCAACCUUAGUUUGAUUUAGCAAAGAUGAUGAGGUUUGCUGGAAGUGGGCUUCUGCUGAAAGUCAUAAGCAAUAUUUUUUUGGCAGCACUCACCGGCAUCUUUGCUUUAGGAGGAGCUGUUGUAGGAACGAUUACAGGAGCAAUUAAGGGCCAAACCACAGAAACUGGGUUCAUUCGUGGUGCAGUAAUCGGUGCACUCUCAGCCGCAACAGUGGCUAUUGAGUUGCUUGAAUCUUCUUUCAUCGACGACAGUGCCGACUUAUUAUCCAAGAUUGCACUCUUUGGAAGGUUGGUAGAAGGAAAAGCUUUCCGCGAAUGGGUGAGCCCUGCACUGCUAAAGGCUUACCAAUGGCAAAUGGAAGUUCAGGUUAUUAGCACGGCCGUCGAGUCAAAUUACAUUGAAAUCUCGGACAUUUACGACAUUGAUGGCACCAGAGGGAUGCCAUCCAACCUAGUAGACAAGCUGCCUAAAUUCACUUUUUCUGGUGCCAAAAUGACGCAUCCCUGGGAUGAAAUGUGUUGCACCAUUUGCUUACAGGAUUUCAAGGAGGGUGACAGUGCAAGGAGACUCCCCAAUUGCAGACACUUCUUUCAUUUGCUCUGCAUCGAUCAAUGGCUAGUUCGACAUGGAUCUUGCCCUAUAUGCAGACAAGAUGUUUGAUCUAAAAAAAGAGAAAGUGAAAAAGAAAAGCCAACUAUUUGAUUCAGACACCAAAGAAAGUAAAAAGUAGAAAUAAAACAAGUUGUCAACAUGCAUUACUGGUAGUUUCCUCUAUGGAUCGCCUUCGACACAAGUUUUUGUAUCUUCAUUUUUCCUCGGCAAGAAGAGAACUUCAUUCAAUUUUGCAAGUAUUUGUGCGAGAACAUUGAAGCCUAUUGCUUUGAACGAUGAUGAGCCCAGGACUUCUGUGGUUAGGAUAUGGUCGGUUCUAUAUAUCUCCAAAGGCAUUUGAGGAUGCAGUAUGCAGCUAUCC